AUGAACGACAUCACUCCAAAUAUAGCCGCGAAUGUCAAGACUUCUCAUCAAGGGAGCGAAAAGGCGGCUGCCGACAAUUGCACACAGGAUAUAGAAGAACAAGAUGCAGUUGUUUUCCAGCGCCGAUAUACAGUAUUUACCAAGGGCCAGAAACGAUUCAUCAGCCUUACUGCAUCAUUUGCAGCGAUGUUCUCGACGCUUAUGAGCUACAUCUACUAUCCAGCAUUGGUGCCAAUGUCUCGGUCCCUCGGGGUAUCGGUAUCGCUGAUCAACCUGACGGUCACGUCGUAUCUGAUUGUCGCAGCGAUUGCCCCGGCAUUUAUGGGUGACAUGGCAGACCAGGCGGGGCGCCGGCCCAUCUAUAUCCUGAUGUUCACGCUCCUCAUCGCCGCCAAUAUUGGCAUCGCGCUUCAGAACUCGUACGCCGCGCUCUUUGUACUUCGGAUGCUACAGAGCGCCGGUUCUUCAGGUCUGACCUCUGUUGCUUACGGUGUUAUUGCGGACAUCACGGUGGCUGGGGAGAGAGGUGGCUUUGUCGGUGGCAUGCUUGUUGCAACGGACUUCGCAGUCAGCCUGGGGCCGGUCAUCGGGGGCGUUAUUGCACAAGAAGUUACUUGGAGAUGGAUCUUUUGGUUUCUUGUCAUUUUGACGGGAUCACACUUCCUAAUCGUGGCUCUUUUCCUCCCGGAGACGCAGCGCAAUAUCGUCGGCGACGGAAGCGUCAAGGCCAGGGGUGUCUACUGGAGUUUCUUCAGCGUCCUGCAAAAACAUGAGAAAGAGGGGCCGUCGACCCACAUCGUGAAACCAAUGCGCCAUUAUCCCAACCCGUUCGCGUGUUUGCCGAUCCUGGCUAACAAACAGUCUCUCGUUGUCAUUCUCCUAUAUUCGAUUACCUAUGCGGUCAAGAUGACUUUGCAAGCUUCGCUUGGAGCACAGUGUGUCGAGAUCUAUCAACUUGAUUAUCUCAACGCCGGGCUUAUCUACCUCCCUUCUGGGGUUUCUGGUGGUGUUGGAGCAUUUUGUACUGGGAGAUUUCUCAACUAUCAUUACCGCCAGACCGUCAAGAAGUUAUCGAAUGGGAAUGAACGAUCCUUCGAUGGACACGAAACUGAUUUUCCGAUCGAGAAGACGCGUCUGAAAGGGGCGUACAUGUUGAUAGUCAUCACACAUCUCUGUGAUGAUCAUCAUGCAGUUCCUUACUGGUGUCACAACUGCGAGUUUGUUCGCCGCACGCUCCUCACAGAUCUGAACAUGAAACGGUCGGCUACAGCCUCAGCAGCGAUGAGCAUUGUCAGAUGCCUGGGAGCUGGUGCUGCCGUUGCGGCCGUACAACCACUGGCAAACUCGAUUGGUCUAGGCUGGUGUUUUGCUAUUUAUGCGAUAUUAUUGCUUCUCGAGCUUCCUCUGGCAUGGCUCAUACAGAAGAAUGGCAUGAAAUGGAGAAGUGCCCAAUCUAGUGACGGAAGUUCCUAA